AAACUGAAUUCACCUUUUUAUAUCCAAAUAUGGGCCUUUUCUCUCUCUGAGAAGUCACUAAUUAAUCCAGCAUAACAUUAAACCACUAAAACUAACUUUUCUGUUCAGGAAUGCAAGUAAAUAGCUAUAAUUUGUUUUUGGUUUUUUAAAAUGCAUAAUAAUUCUAUUUUAGCAUUAAAAAUAUCAGAGGUUCUACAUAUUAACUAUAACAGAUACAUAAAAAGUUGAUUUUGAUUAUUACCAAUGCUGUUAAUUUUAGGCCACCUGUGUCGUGUCGAGAGAGAGGAUACACACGUCACCAGACCCCUUACUAGAGCUGAUACAUCAACACAUAAUAAAUAACCACAAAUUAAACAUUUACAUCUGGAUAAAAUCAUCAUUCUUGCCUGUGUGCUGGUGGCAAACAAAACUAAACCGGUUUUUAAACAUUAACUUUCCUCUAAAACAAAGUAUUUCUGUACUUUUUUUUAAUCAUGUUGUUUCUUUACUGUAAUAUAAUUCUCAAUGGUUUUCUAUCACUAAAACAGUCAAUGAUCUCAGUCACUCUGACAUCACAAUGUUUCCCUGUGACAUGAAGCAGCAGAAUUAAAUUCACGAGAAUUGACGGCAAAUUACUCGUCUUUAACAAGUUAAAAGUAGCGUGAACGUUUCUACCCACGCAUUUUCCACCAUCAGAUGUUUACGCUACACACAAUCGCACCUUGGGACUGGAGCUCAUGUGACAUGCUUUGGCUUUUCAAAGCAGCCACAACUACAGCCUCACAUCAUCAUCCUCACUGUGUUCAUUCACUCUCCUUUUUACGAAUUCUCUUUUUUUCUCUCUUAUCACACUUGACAUGAAGUCAUUGUGACGGUUCAGAAAUUCAAAGAACUCCGUUACGAGACUUCUUAAAUCACAGUGACCACACGGAGUGGAAGUAAACAACCUGAACAAUCGAUGCAGCCACGGCGGAUUGGAAACGGUGUAUGCAGUUAGACCAACUGAGGAGACGAUGUGUUGUCCUCGGGCUAAGCACGAUGCCUCGUACAAGAGAUGGAGCUGCUCACAUGAUAGUGCUGUGACUGUCUUCUGAGGCUAUGGGGUGUGUGUGAGUGUGUUUUUGAAUUCGAUGACAGAGUGAAUGUCUCACUGCUCUCAUUGUCCUUCCAUGAAGCACCAGAGCUCGGGCUGCUCUCUCCUCCUGAGCUUCUUAGCACCGGGACAGACUGUGGCCAGUGAUCGAGAGGUUUAAACUCAACCUCAACUGGACGUGGAGCCGCUGCGGUUUGGUACUGGAAAAUGGGAAGCUAAGAAUUAGGAGGUGAAUAAGCUCCCACUUCUUUAAGGAAUCUCCUCAGACUCAGCAUCAGGAACUCUGUGGAUCUAAAGCAAAAACAUAUCAAGCCAGAGUGACUCAGCACUGGAGUCUCCUUCACUGCUGCUGUGCCCUUCGACGUCCCUCUGGAUUUAUCUGACACACUGAAUACCUGCUUUUACUCGGUGACCCUACGCUUCAUAGAUGGGCGCAGCCUUCAACAAGUUCUGCAUGCAGUUCUGCUGCUGCUGCUGCACUGACGACGAAGACGACGAUGACGAGAAGCAGCCUUUACUACCUCCGGAUCCACUGGAGUAUCUGAACCGUGAGGUCCAGAAGCGGCGUGACGAGGAAGCCAACCUGUGGAGUGAACCGGGAGACAGCAGCCACACAGAGAGACAAGACGACCUGGUCCUCCACACCCUGCUGCAGGCCAGGACCAAGACCCGCAUGGGAUCCACGGGCUAUCGUCGCCUGAGUGUCGACAUCGAGGCCAUGAGAGACACUCGCCGAGAAGUCCGAGAAAAGUGGAAGACAAUUCUGGAGAACUUGGGUUUCAUGGCGGAGGCGGACUCUCUGCUGACUUUGUCCGCCGGUGCCUCACAUGAUCGCAUGCGCAAUGCGGCAGAGUCACGUGCCCUUCUUCAUACGCUCCACUCAGAGACGUCCAUCUUCAACAGUGGAGAACCACCACCGGAGAGAUAUCUGUUCAUCCUGGAUCGUCUCCUGUAUCUAGACAUAGCUGAUGAUUUCGUAGCAAAGGCAAAGCGCUUCUUCCCGCCCAGGGAGGAUUCUGACGACGAUACGCCGAGCCUCGGCAUAAACCUGCCGCUGCUGCUGGCAAAGGUAGAGGCCCUGAACGGAGCGGGCGAGGAAGAGAGCGACGGAGAAGCUGGAAACUUGAGUGACAGAUCCUGAGCUGCAAUAAUAACGGACACAAGGCAGGGGGCAGUAGUCAUCAACCCUUGAGACCUGCAUGAAUUUUAUAGCUCCCAUCUUCCAAGUGUCAUUUGCCUCAUACCUUGUUGCUGUUGUUGCUUCUAGGAUGUUUUAAGCUGAAGAUUUUCCUCCUCUCUCACCCAGCUGCACAACAUGAGUGUCGUUCUCUGGUCACAAUCUAAAAGGGUUCAGUCAUUUACAGGUGAAUGUUCUUCACCGCAUGCGUGUGUGUGUGUGUUUGUUUCUGUCCACGAGAGUUUAUCAACCUUUUUUUUUUUGCCUGUUUACUGUUCAGCUGUUGUUAACCUUCAGGGUAGCGAUGUUCCUUUAGGCAGAAACUCUUUAUUUUUUGUCCUAUGAUUAUCAGCACCCAUUUCAUCCAAACACAUGAAUGCAGCCGAGAAAAUAGGCCUGGAUCAGUAAUACUUAGCAAUGUUGACAGUAGGUUGAACUUUUAAGACGAUGAUGCUGUGUGUGUGUGUGUGUGUGUGUGUGUGUGUGUGGCCCUGCAGCAGUUUGCUGAACAUGGGAAUAGUGUAUGUGAAGUUUACGAUGGAAUAAAGUUGCAGCCUAAA